ACCCUUCAUUCCCCGUUUCUUCGAACCCUAGGUCGGCAUCCAAAAAAUUCGUGGAAGAAAAGAAAAAUAAAAUUUAUCAAAAAUACCAAAGAUUCUCAGAGAAGGAAAUGGCGGCAGCGGUACCUAGGGUUUCAUUUGGCGUGCUGGCGAUCUUCGCCGUCAUCUUCAGCAUUGUAUUGCCGGCGGUUCAAGCUCAGGCUCCCGCUCCGGCGCCCACCAGCGAUGGAACAUCUAUUGACCAAGGGAUUGCUUACUUGCUAAUGUUGGUAGCCCUCAUUCUCACCUACCUCAUCCACCCCUUGGAUGCUUCCUCCUCCUACAAGCUCUACUAAGUUAUUUGUUAUUGAUUGGAUUCAAAUUGAGGGUUAAAACGUUUGGCAUUCUCAUUGAUGUGGGAUCUCGGCUCGUUGUUGUGGGGGGAGUUUCUUUCGUUGUUCGGCUUUCCUUAACAGCCUAUGGCCCAUUCUUUCAUGUGAUAGCUAGUUGCAGACAUGUUUGCAUUUGUUGUGCUCUUAUUGUCUAUUGAUUGAUCUAAUUUAUUCCAAAGUUGUUGGAGAAACCUCUGUGCAUGCAUUACUAUGCCCAACCUGAUCAGAUGUUUUCUUGGUUUGUCUAUAUAUUAGGCAUUUGAUUAGAGUCGAUGUAGAGCUGUCGUGGGGCUUGUUCUGCUAUCUUCGGGCUAUUAUGAUCUCUGAGUGAUCACUGAUACCUUAGUUUUGUUUUUUUUUUGGUCGAAGAUUGAAAUUAGAAUAUUUGUGUCUU